GGUUGCAGCCCGCAGCCCCGAUUCUCCCUGUCUGAGCUUCUCGACACCGCCCCAACCCCGCCCCCGGGGUCUUGACUCCCUCCCCUGGGUCUGGUCCUCUCCUGGCCCCCAGGGGGUUCGACCCCGCCCCGUCCCUUCCCCUUCCCGGGGAACACCAGCCUCUCACCCUAGCUUUGCCACCUAGGGCUCCUACCCGACCCCUGUAUCCUGACCCCCCCACAAACUGCUCCUCCCAGGACUCAUGCCCCCUCGCUGUCAGCUCCACCACCGGUGGUCCUUAAAAGCAGGAGGAGGGUCGGGGGUCAGGGAGGAUCUGGGGGUGGGGAGUAACCCUGGUAUUCGUGGCUCCAGGCCAGCUGGUGGCAAGGCUCCGGGCCAGCAUGGAGGCUUCGUGGUGGCUGUCAAGCAAGAGCGUGGCGAGGGCCUGCGGGCCGGAGAGAAGGGGCCCCACGAGGAGGAGCCUGUGAAGAAGCGCGGCUGGCCCAAGGGCAAGAAGAGGAAGAAAAUUCUGCCUAACGGGCCCAAGGCUCCGGUCACGGGCUACGUACGCUUCCUGAAUGAGCGACGGGAGCAGAUCCGCACGCGCCAUCCCGAUCUGCCCUUUCCUGAGAUCACCAAGAUGCUGGGCGCGGAGUGGAGCAAGCUGCAGCCAGCAGAGAAGCAGAGGUACCUGGAUGAGGCAGAGCGGGAGAAGCAGCAGUACAUGAAGGAGCUGCGGGCAUACCAGCAGUCGGAGGCCUACAAGAUGUGCACUGAGAAGAUCCAGGAAAAGAAGAUCAAGAAAGAGGACUCGGGCUCGGGGCUCAUGAACACCCUGUUGAAUGGACACAAGGGUGGGGACUGCGACGGCUUUUCCACCUUCGAUGUCCCCAUCUUCACUGAAGAGUUCUUGGACCAAAACAAAGCGCGGGAGGCGGAGCUGCGGCGCCUGCGGAAGAUGAACGUGGCCUUCGAGGAGCAGAACGCGGUGCUGCAGCGGCACACGCAGAGCAUGAGCAGCGCGCGCGAGCGCCUGGAGCAGGAACUGGCGCUGGAGGAGCGGCGGACGCUGGCGCUGCAGCAGCAGCUCCAGGCCGUGCGCCAGGCGCUCACCGCCAGCUUCGCCUCGCUGCCCGUGCCCGGCACGGGCGAGACGCCCACGCUCAGCACCCUGGACUUCUACAUGGCGCGGCUGCACGACGCCAUUGAGCGCGACCCCGCCCGGCACGAAAAACUCAUUGUCCGCAUCAAGGAGAUCCUGGCCCAGGUUGCCAGCGAACACCUGUGAGGGUGUCAACCUGCACCAAUCCCAAGAAGACCAAGCUCUGGGCCCGGCCCUCUCCCGACUCCGCCCCAUGGAGGAGGGGCCGGGGGUCCGCCCUUUGGGGCCAGCCUAAUCCUGCACCUUGGGGCUUCAGCCCCCCCACAUUAAAUUUCUACAGCACUCCCCUAGCUAUUAACCUCCAAAGCACCCUCAGCCCAGGAAAAGCACCCACCCAACCCACGCCAUAGGGACCCAGCGAGGUCCACACGCCUCACACUACAAGGACGCAGACGACACGCCCCCGCGCACUGGGGUGUGGCCCCCCACAGACUUGGCCUAGUGACCCAGGGCACAGGUGGGGAGAGGCCCACAGCAACACGUACACCGAGCCACUCAGGUUUUCAGGACACCGGGCAGCCAAAAACCACACCUCACACUGUGCAACACGCAGCUUGCCACAAGAACAGAGCAUGGGGCGGGGCCACGCACAAGGCGGGUGGCCGGGUGGCCGGUCCUCUGCCUGUCACCCUCUCCAGCACACCAGACUGGAAGGAGAUUGGUACUGACCAGCCCCGCCUCGCCCAGCUGAGGGACCCUCGUGGAGGCGGCCCCUUCAGCCACUGCUUAAUCCGAACUUUUAAAAUAAAAUCAAGCAGAAUUUGA